CCGCAUCCGCCUCUUCGGGUCCCCCCGGGGCGGGGCUCGGCAGCCAUCCGAGAGGAGCCCGGGGGCCGCGGCCGCACAUGGCGGCCCGCCCGCCCCCGGCGAUGGCGGGCCCCGCGCUGCUGAAGCUGCCGCCGCUCGCGGCCACGACCACGAGCCUGUCGGCCCUGAAGCUCGCGGCGGAGCCGCUGGCGUGGCUGCUGGUGCCCGCCAGCCGCAGCCUUACGCCGCUCUGCGUCGUGUUCGUUCUCGCCAAGUGGUUGCGGACACUCGCGACGCAGGGUCCUGGCGCUGUUCUGCGGCGCGGGGCGCGGCAUCUGUGGCGGGCGCUUCUUACGGCGGAGAUCUGGUUCGCGGUCUACACCCUGCUGGUGGCGCGGUCCUGCAGCGGCCCAGGUGGAAGGUGCCGCAGAUGCAGGGGGACAAGGUGGAGAUCAUGCGGAAG